CCGAGAAGCAGCGGGCAAAGUAUAGCGACAAAUGAACGCGCUCCGUACGUUGUUCGCCACGGUCAACGGUGGCGCUGGUAGUUCCGCCAUGAAAAUGGUGCUGGUAGUACGGUCGGAUUUGGGUUUGAAGAAGGGUAAAAUUGCGUCCCAGUGUGCCCAUGCAGCCGUUCUUUGCUGCAUGCGGGCACAAGCCGGAGGUGGCCCCGGUAGGACCAAACUAGACGCGUGGCUAAUGCAGGGCCAACCGAAGAUAGUGCUUAGGGUGGAUAGCUUGCAGGAGAUGCAUUCGCUGAUGGAACGUGCCGAAACGAUCGGUGUAGUUGCCGAGAUUGUUCGGGAUGCUGGCCGCACGCAGGUUGCUAGUGGGACGGAAACCGUACUAGGCCUGGGACCGGAUAGUAGAGAAGCGAUAGAUUCGUUGGUAGGAAAUUUGAAGUUGUUGUAGAUAUGUGUCUGUGUGUGUUGGGAAUGAAGUGUUCAAUAAUGUAGAUUAACCAAUACCAAAUGUUA